CCCCUUGGGGGACUUUUAUGUGUGUGAGACGUCACGUUAAAACUCUGUCUAGUGCAUUUAUCCGUUUCCUAUCUUAGAUGGAUUUGUUCAGCACGUUGUUAUGGCCUACCGGAAGAGGCCUCUGCGACCAACAUAUGUCGACUUACUACCAUAGGAGCAGUAUCUCUCCCAGCGCAGGCGACAAAUACAGAGGAAGAUCUCCAGAACCUGAGCCCAAAAAGAUCAAGCGAGAAGAUGGACACGACUCCGUCAGUCCUGCAGUCAACGGUACGACGUCCCCCAGAGAGAACGGCGUCGCCAAGAAGACCCCGCCCCUUGGCUCCGUCAGCCCUCGAAGUUCUGGCAGCUCAUCCUCGACGCCCCAGGCAAGGAAGGAGGAGAAACCCGCCACGCCCAACUCCAAGACGCCCACGCCCACCUCCUCGGGCUCCGGCUCCGUCAAACCCGUGGGCAAGGCGGCGCCCCUGCCCGGCGUCGCUCCUACCCGCCAGGCUACCCGAUCCCCGAGGCCGCCGCCGCCGCCGCCGCCCGCCGCUGCCGCCGCCGCUGCUGCCGCUGCGGCCGCAGCAGCCGGGUCGGCAGCGCCUUACCCGCCGCCGUACCCGAGGCCCCCCGCCCACCCGCAAGCGACGCCGCCCUCGUCGCUGGAUAUGCACGUGCGCGCGCCCUCGCUACACCCGCUGCAGGGUGGCAAGCCGGCGUACAGUUUCCACGUCAACGGGGAAGGGCAGCUGGCUCCCGUGCCGUUCCCUCCAGACGCCCUGCUGGCACCCGGCAUCCCUCGGCACGCCCGUCAGAUCAACACCUUGCACCACGGCGAAGUGGUCUGCGCCGUCACCAUCAGCAACCCCACCAAGUACGUCUACACGGGCGGAAAAGGUUGCGUUAAAGUCUGGGACAUCAGUCAGCCUGGGUCCAAGAGUCCCGUCUCCCAGCUGGAUUGCUUGCAACGUGACAGCUACAUCAGAUCCGUGAAACUUUUGCCUGACGGAAGAACCCUGCUGGUGGGCGGCGAGGCUUCCACCCUCAGCAUCUGGGACCUGGCCACGCCCACGCCCAGGAUCAAGGCCGAGCUCACCUCGGCCGCCCCGGCCUGCUACGCCCUGGCCAUCAGCCCGGACUCCAAAGUCUGCUUCAGUUGCUGUAGCGACGGAAACAUCGCCGUGUGGGACCUCCACAACCAGACGCUGGUGCGGCAGUUCCAGGGACACACCGACGGCGCCUCCUGCAUCGACAUCUCCCCCGACGGCACCAAGCUCUGGACGGGAGGCCUCGACAACACCGUCAGGUCGUGGGACCUUCGGGAGGGGAGGCAGCUACAGCAGCACGACUUCACCAGCCAGAUCUUCUCGCUGGGCUUCUGCCCGACGGGCGAGUGGUUAGCCGUGGGCAUGGAGAGCUCCAACGUGGAGGUGCUCCACGUCAACAAGCCGGACAAGUACCAGCUCCACCUGCACGAGUCCUGCGUCCUGUCGCUCAAGUUCGCCUCCGCCGGGAAGUGGUUCGUCUCCACCGGGAAGGACAACCUCCUCAAUGCGUGGCGGACGCCCUAUGGAGCCUCCAUAUUCCAGUCGAAGGAGUCAUCCUCAGUUCUAAGUUGCGACAUCUCAGCCGACGACAAAUAUAUCGUCACGGGAUCCGGCGACAAAAAGGCCACAGUCUACGAGGUCAUCUACUGAGGAACGGAGUCGUCACCUUCUGCUGCUGCUGCUACUACUUCUUCCUUCUCCUCCUCCUCCUCCUCCAGCUCCUCUUCUUGUAAUACUUCUUGAAAGGGAAAACAAGAAAAAGGAAAGGAAAAAACAUUCCCAGAAUCGUCCACAACAACAACAGAAAUCGAAGGCGUCUCAUCUCUCCCGACUUGGAAGUGAUCGAUAAAAACGGUGAUGUUUCUUAAGAAUGAAGAUACUGAAAAAAAAAAUCUUUGCCUCGCCGAUAAAAGAUAGAUAGAAAGAUAAUGAAAAGAAACAGUGAUGUUUUCAAGGAAAAAAAAAAGAAAAAAGAAGAGAUCCUUGCCUUGCCGAUGCAAAUAAAAUUUAAUCAAAUUGCGAGUGAAAGGAUAUUCAGGUACACAAAAAAAAUUAACAAGUCCAUCUUUUCAUUUAUUCAAUUGCCUUGAUGGUGAACGAUUCACCUCUCGUUUUUAUCAUGAUUAAUUUUUUUUCUUUUCCUUCAACACCGCAGCUUCUUCGGUUGUGAGUCAUCGUCACCUACCUCAUACUCAUAAUUAUUUAAUUAUUGAUAAAACUAUAUAUAGACAAUACUUCCUCUAUGCAACGUAAGACGGAAAAGAUUGAAAAAUUUAAGAGACACGGAGGCUGAUGCAUUUAGACACUGAAGAGAGAGAGAGAGAGAGAGAGAGAGAGAGAGAGAGAGAGAGAGAGAGAGACUAUAUUCCUACGUCAUGCGUCUAAACAUGGCAUUUAACUGAGAUACGUCAUCCCAAAAUCGGACCCCAGACCUGGAAUAGCAUCGCUGGAAAUUCUCUGGAAAGCUAUUGGAUGGUUUAUUUAUUUAAUAUAUUCUGGAAAGCCAUCAAUCAGACAAACGCUUGCGCCCUUCGAUUACCUGUCUUUUAGAGGUUGUUGUGGCCAUAGCCUCUACCUCUGAGUAGGGCUCCAGAGGCCUCAUAGACGAAGAUAGAAGGAUCCAUGGACUGGAUACCUGGAAGAAGAACUACUACCCGAGAACCUCAUUCGUUUUCAGGUGACAGAUCACUCGUUUCCUCUCCCCAGCGCCAACACCAGAAUCAGAAUCAGACAGGCACCUGGAUUCCAGAAUCAGGACUGCUGCAUUCCAGAAUGGGAUUGACAGUCGAAUUCCAGUAUCAUGGCACAGGGAUUCCAGAAUUGGAAGGGUUGCUAGAUUCAUCCAUCAGUAGGACAGCUGGAUUCCAGGAUUCCAGAAUCAGAGGGGUUGCUUGUUUCUAGAAUUGGAUUGACAGUCAAAUUCCAGGCUCAUGACGCCUGGAUUCCAGGAAAAUGACGGUUAGACUCCACGUUCAUAACAGCUAGAUUCCAGAGACAGAAAAGCAAUUGAAUUCCAUAAUCAGACCAGCUAGAAUCCAGACAGAGAAGAACGGUUGAAUUCCAGAAUCAGACUAGCUGGAAUCCAGACAGAGAAGAACGGUUGAAUUCCAGAAUCAGACCAGCAGGAUUCCGGAGAGAGAAGAACGGUUGAAUUUCAAAAUCAGACCAGCUGGAAUCCAGACAGAGAAGAACGGUUGAAUUCUAGAAUCAGACCAGCAGGAUUCCAGACAGAGAAGAACGAUUGAAUUCCAGAAUCAGACCAGCAGGAUUCCAGACAGAGAAGAACGGUUGAAUUCCAGAAUCAGGCCAGCAGGAUUCCUGACGGAGAAGACCAGUUGGAUUCCAUUCGGAAUUCGAAGGAAACAAGGGAUUAAAAAAGAAGCAAAAACACAAGAGAAUUGUGAAGAAAAAGAAGAAGUUCAGACCGAGGAGAGUGAAAUGCAAAUGGACUGGUCAUUGAGAUUCUGUAGCUACAUUCUGUAGCUACAAGAUUUCGUAGAACGUUUUACAAGCCUGGGUUGGCAUCAGGGAGGUACUAAGAUACCCUCUAACAAGCGCACUGGACGGCCUGGCGGGCAAGGAAAUUGGGCAUCACAAGUAGGAGUGUCGUGUUCGAAGCGUAAUGACCCCAGAUAAAGAUAGCUGAGAGAGAGAAAGCGGGAGAGAGAGAGAGAGAGAGAGAGAGGUUAUAGGCCC